GCGGGCGGGCGGUUGCAGCUGCCGCCGGCGUCUCGGGGGCUCCAGGCUGCGGGGCGGACGCAGCGCCGAGCGAUCCACAGCGGAGCCGCGCGAGGCCGCCAGAGCCCCGGCCCCGAGUCCCGAGCCCCGAGCCCCGAGCCAGCGCCGCCGCCGCCUCGCGCCACCGGGUCCCCGGACACGCCGCUGCCGCCACCGCCAGGAAGGCAGCCGGCGCCGAGCAAGUUGCGAGCGCGCCUCUCUGCCUGGGGAAAGUUUCCCCCGCGGCCGUCGGCGGGAGUUGGCGCGGGGUCCGGCUGCUGCUGCUGCUGGAAGAAUUUAUCCCGAAGCCAUCGAAAGGACACCUCAAGAGAAUCCUGAGUCUCCCAGAAGGAACAGACACCAGCUGAAACAGGUGGGCAUCUCCUGGACGGCCCGAGCUGGCAGUGGCCAGGCCAUCUGACACCAUCAUCAGAGUGACUUGAAACCUUUGACUAGGGCACCUAGAAACAGGCUUGAUCCUUUUCCAGACCUCUCAACACCGGCCACCCAGGACAAGCUGGGCCAAUAAAAGAACACACAAGAGCCCCUCUGACCGGGAGAUUCUGUCCUGCUGACGCCCAAAGCGCUGCCCAGGUAGAACACCAUGGAAGGCGACUGUUUGAGCUGCAUGAAGUAUUUGAUGUUCGUCUUCAAUUUCUUCAUAUUUCUGGGCGGGGCCUGCCUGCUGGGCAUCGGCAUCUGGGUCAUGGUGGACCCCACCGGCUUCCGGGAGAUCGUGGCUGCCAACCCCCUGCUUAUCACGGGCGCCUACAUCCUCCUGGCCAUGGGCGGCCUGCUUUUCCUGCUGGGCUUCCUGGGCUGCUGCGGGGCCGUCCGCGAGAACAAGUGUCUGCUGCUGUUCUUCUUCCUGUUUAUCCUCAUCAUCUUUUUGGCGGAGCUCUCAGCGGCCAUCUUGGCCUUCAUCUUCAGGGAAAAUCUCACCCGCGAGUUCUUCACCAAGGAGCUCACCAAGCACUACCAGGGCAACAACGACACAGAUGUCUUCUCUGCCACCUGGAACUCGGUCAUGAUCACGUUUGGCUGCUGUGGCGUCAAUGGGCCCGAAGACUUCCGGUUUGCAUCAGUUUUCCGACUGCUGACUCUGGACAGUGACGAGGUGCCCGAGGCCUGCUGUCGAAGAGAACCGCAGACUCGGGAUGGGGUCCUGCUGAGCAGGGAGGAGUGUCUGCUGGGAAGGGACCUGUUCCUGAACAAGCAGGGCUGUUACACAGUGAUCCUCAACACUUUUGAAACCUACGUCUACCUGGCUGGAGCCCUCGCCAUAGGGGUGCUGGCCAUCGAGCUUUUCGCCAUGAUCUUUGCCAUGUGUCUCUUCCGGGGCAUCCAGUAGAGGGCGUGGCAUGGAGCCUGAAGCCUCACCCACCACCACUGCCCAGCCCCCGACGCCCUCCCCUACCCCGCGCCCCUGCCCCCUUGGCCCCAGGGGAGGAGGUGAGAUCACGAUAAGUGGGCAGGAGAAGGGGCAGAGGAAAAUAGCUAUUUUUUUAACAAGAAAAUGAAGAUGAAACUACGAUUGUUAGACCCCGCCUGGUCUCCGGGUGGGUGCCAUGGGCUCUCUUCAGGGGCCCAGCGCCUGAACCCCAGGAAGCUGUCUGCACUAGAGACCAAAGGAACCCCAGGGCCAGGUUCCCUCCUCGGUCCCACCAGCCUCUGGCAGUCGCAGGCCUGGGCCUUCUCCUCAGCUCCAGGUGCCAAGAAAGUGCAGAUCUAGCCAACAAAAGACAAAAGCAGCUCUCAGAGGUCGACAAAGCCCCCCAGAGCCCCAAGGAGACUCGGUCACCUUGUCCUUAAGAACUUGGAACCUACGUUCAACCUCUGGUCCUCUGAUGGCGUUGUCCCUGCCUCGGGCUGGGGUCAAGAAUGGGCUGCAGACACUGGAUCCAAGUGUGGCCUAGCUGGCAGAGUCCUUGCUUCCCUCAUCUAUUGGAUCACAUAAUCCAGAAAGCCCAGAGAGGGGGCAUUUUUCAUUCAGUCACACAGCAUAUGCAUGACAAUUCUGAACAAGAACCCAGUGGUCCCUUGGCUGCCUGUUGCACCUUCCAGGUCUCUGUAGGUCCCAGCAGGUCUGCUGCUCACACUCCUCCCUGGCCUCAGCAUCCUGGCUUCCCCA